AUGCAGCAGAGGACCGCGGGCUGCAGCACCUCAAGGGAGAGGCGUUCGGCCACCGAGGCGGAGGAGGAACCUCCGGGGAACGAGGGACGUGCCGCCAGUUCCCGCACGGGGACGGGACACGCGUUCCCCGCUCCGUGCCACGCUCAGCCGGCUCCGGGCUGGCGCCGCUUCUGCCGUGCGGUUCCGGGGAAGGCGGGUACCUCUCCGGGGGCUCAAUUCCCGCUCUCCCGCUCCCCGUGCCCCAAUCCCCGACGGGAAGCGCUGCCGCUGCGUGUCCGCAGCCCUGCGCGGGAGGAUGCGGGAGCUGCCAGCGCCAGCCCCGGCGCGGCCCCCGGCCCUCCUUCCCUUCGGGGGUGAUGCUCGCCGUGCCCCCGCCCGGGCGAUGAGCGUAGCGGCCGGACGGGGCGGUGCCGGUGCCCAGGGCGGGCCCCGGGGCUGGGCGAGGCGGAGCCCGGCGGGCAGCGAGGCCGGUCCCAUGGGAGCCCGGCGGGCCGGUGGAUGCCCAUGGCUUUCAGCCCGGGGCUGCUGGUGGUGGCCGGUUCCUUCGCCGCUUUCCGCCUGCUGAACCGGGGGCUGGAGCGGCUCGUGCCGCCGCCGCCCUCGGCCCGGCGCAACCGCUGGAAGUGGCGCAACAUCUGGACAUCGCUGGCGCACAGCGUGCUCAGCGGCGGCGGGGCGCUGGCCGGGUUCUACCUCCACCCCGAGAUGUCCAACGAUCUGGUGGGCACACACCCGCCCGGGGCGCACAGCCUGGUGGCCGUGUCUGUAGGCUAUUUCAUUGAAGACUUUGUGGACAUGUUGUGCAAUCAGAAACUUCAUCAGUCCUGGGAACUGCUCUUUCAUCACUCUGUGGUGAUCAUCUGCUUUGGUAUCGCCGUGCUGCUCCACCAGUACGUUGGCUUUGCCCUGGUGGCUUUACUGGUGGAGAUCAACUCCAUCUUCCUGCACCUGCGGCAGAUCCUGCUCAUGGCCAACCUGGUGCACACCACCUGCUACCGCCUCAACAGCCUCAUCAACCUGGGCACCUACGUGGUGUUCCGCAUCGCCACGCUGGCCUGGAUGACCCGCUGGCUCUUCCUCAAUCGCCAGAACGUGCCCCCGGCCACCUACGCCGUGGGCACGGUGGGCAUGGCAAUCAUGACGCCCAUGAACAUCAUCCUCUUCUACCGCCUGCUGCGGAGCGACUUCCUCAAAUCCAGGCGGGAGAAGGAGGAGCGGCGGGAGGAGGAAUGGCAGGAGAAGGAGGAAUAGCCCCUCCCCUGCGACGGGGGCAGUUCCCAGCCCAUGGAGCGCUGGAGGGUGAACGUGGCUGUUUCAGCACCUUGCAGAGAGGGGCUGCACUAACAGAGCAUCCAGGCUUUGCUUGUGGCUCGAGAUCCUGGGCCCUGCACAGCAGAGGAGGUGCUCAUGGACCAGGCAGUGUGGCUCUGCUCCCCAAACACUUUUGGAUGAUGUGGUUGGACAAUUGGGAGCUGCUCAGAGAAGCCUCGGCAGCUCUCACAGCUCCCUGAGGCACCACUGAGACGAGGAGGGGGCAGAGCAGCGCUGUUUCCCCACUGCUCUUCCAGCCAUCCCAACACCACAGGGCGUUUCCAGCCCCUUCGGUGCUGCAGCCCCCAGCGUCCCAUCGGCCACGGAUCACUGAGUUCUCUGUGGCAUCUCUGUAGAACACCACCAGCAAGACAGGCUCCAAGGCUUUGCCUUCGAGGUGAUGGUCAGUGAAAACCAAACCCUGCACUGAUGAGCCCUCCCUGAGGAGAUUGUCCCAGGCUGAGACCUGGCUGGGUGGUCACUGUGGGGUGCAGGCUGGGGGCAGCCCCAGCCUCUGCUGACAACUGGAGCUUUUUCCGUGUUGUUUUGUCCCCAGAUAACUGAAGUGCCCAUAAAUGAGCAUGGGAGAGCAUGAGUGGCUGGUGGGAGGAUGGUGUGUGAUGGUCACUUCCCACAGAUGUGGGGUUUUCAGGCACUUUUUAGGAUUCAGGAAUGCCAGGUUAUGCUGCAGAGCCCAGGGUAACACUCUCACCUGGCAGCAAAGGCUCCUACUAACACGAGCUUUUAAUCAAUGGCUGGAAAUGAAGUGGCUGGAGGGGAAAGGACUGAGAGGGGACAAAGGGACUCAGCAUCCCAGCCCACUCUGAGGGUGUCACUGCUCAGCACAGUCCUUACCCCGUGUCUCCCUGCCACGGAGUGAAAAUACACUGUACACUGGCACAUUCUA